GAGUAGCAAAAUUUAUUACACACACAAUCACACUACAUAUAUCCUCGUUAUCAUCAUUCAUACAUUCAUUCAUUCAUUCAUCCAUCCAUCUUCCCCAUAAAUUGGCAUACCUCAACCUCAUCCAAUAACCUCACUAAACCCAACAAUGGCGUCUUCAGCAUACACCUUAUCAGUAGUAGAGAAACUUCAAGAAGCCAAGAAAAAAUCUGGAAAAUCCUUCAACCAAAUUGCUUCUGAAACUGGUCUUACCAACGUUUAUGUAGCCCAGCUUCUUCGACGCCAAGCCCAAUUGAAGCCCGAUACUGCCCCUAAACUCCGGGCUGCGUUACCCGAAUUGACUGAUGAUCAUAUUGAGCUUAUGAUGAGACCUCCUUUCAGAUCUUAUGAUCCUGAUUUGACCCAAGAACCCGCCAUUUAUAGGUUGCAUGAAGCAACCAUGCAUUUUGGUGAGAGCAUAAAAGAAAUAAUCAACGAGGAGUUUGGUGAUGGCAUCAUGUCAGCCAUAGAUUUCUAUUGCUCGGUCGAUAAGGUUAAAGGCGUUGAUGGAAAGGACAGGGUUGUGGUUACUUUUGAUGGGAAGUAUUUGCCAUACACUGAGCAGAAGUCUGAGCACAUGCUAUCAAGACCAAGGAAUUGAGGAUGAUGAAGAAUCCUUGUACAAAAUUGUUCUGCUCUGUCAUUUGAUGUAAAUGAAGUCAUAUUCAUCAAGAACGUUGCAAGUUCUGAGAGUACUUAAUUGCUGUACCAAAAACAUUGUUGUGUAGUAUCUACUUAAGUUAUUUUGUGUAAUAUCAUUGUGUCAAUAAUGCUAUUGCCUAUUGGGAAAACACUCAUGCAAUAAAAAGAACUCUUGUUCGUACUUGUUCCUUCUGGUCUUGAAAAUUGAAAUAAAAAUAGUGUGGCAGUGGUUUUGCCCAUGUCAUGCUCCCUUUUGAAACAAA